UCCAAGAUGGCCGCCGAGCCGGGCGGCGGGCGCGCCGGGAUCAGCCGCCGCUGCCGCCCGCCGCUCGCCGCCUUCGCCGCCGGGCUCCUGCUGCUCCUGCCGCUGCCUCCCUCCGCCUCCUCCUCCUGUGACCACCGCGUACCCAGCGGCGAACAGGUUGUCUAUCAAGUUCCUCUAAAGGAAAAUCACGUCUCGAAGAGAAACGUGGAUCAACAGCUACGAAUUAAGAUUGUAUAUGACAGAAGCGUUGAGGAUUUGCUACCUGAGAAAAGACACCUUAUAAAGAACAAACUCUUCCCACAAGCUAUAUCAUAUUUGGAGAAGACAUUUCAAGUGCGGAAAUCUGCCGGUGCUAUAUUGCUAAGCAGGCAAUGUGUGACAAACCAAUAUUUAAGGAGGAAAGCUGAUCCUCACAGAUAUUGCCAAAAAGCCUGUGCAGACCAUACAAGGUGUGGGCCGGUCAUAGUUCCUGAGAAACAUCUUGAGCAAUGCAGGGUGUACAAUGACAGUGACUGGCACCGCAAGCCCACGGGCUCACCUGACCAGGAAGGGAUUCGAGAUGCUGACUUUGUGCUCUACGUUAGUGCUCUCACUACUGACAGGUGUGGCCAUGAAAAUAUCAUUGCGUAUGCAGCCUACUGCCAACUGGAAGCUGAAAUGGACAGGCCAAUAGCAGGAUAUGCUAACUUGUGUCCAAACAUGAUUUCAACACAAGCUCAGGAAUUUGUUGGCAUGCUAUCUACAGUGAAACACGAGAUCAUCCAUGCACUGGGUUUCUCUGCUGGACUGUUUGCAUUUUAUCGUGAUGAUGAUGGAAAACCUUUGACACCAAGAUAUGCAGAUGGACUUCCUCCUUUUAAUGAAAGCCUAGGUUUGUAUCAGUGGAGCAAUAAAGUCGUUCAUAAAGCAGUGAGGCUGUGGGACAUACGUGGUGGCAGAAUGCUGCGCCAUGCUGUUCAUCUUCUGGUGACACCUCGGGUAGUCGAAGAAGCUCGAAAACAUUUUAAUUGUCCAAUUCUAGAGGGAAUGGAGCUUGAAAAUCAAGGUGGCAUGGGUACUGAGCUCAAUCACUGGGAGAAGAGAUUGUUGGAGAAUGAAGCAAUGACUGGAUCCCACACUCAGAAUCGAGUCUUUUCCAGGAUCACCUUAGCAUUAAUGGAAGACACAGGAUGGUAUAAAGCAAAUUACAGCAUGGCAGAGAAAUUAGACUGGGGGCGCAAUAAAGGCUGUGACUUUGUAAUGAAGAGCUGCAAAUUCUGGAUUGACCAGAAGAGACAAAAGAAGCAAUUAAUCAGUCCAUACUGCGACACUUUGAGGAGUAAUCCUUUGCAGUUAACCUGCAGACAGGACCAAAGAGCAGUAGCAGUGUGUAACUUGCAGAAGUUUCCAAAGCAGUUACCUCAGGAAUAUCAGUACUUUGACAAUCUUAAUGGAGUACCAGCAGAGGAAUUGCCUUACUAUGGUGGCUCGGUAGAAAUUGCUGACUAUUGUCCCUUUAGUCAGGAAUUCAGCUGGCAUCUAAGUGGUGAAUUUCAGCGCAGUUCAGAUUGUAGAAUAAUUGAAAACCAGCCAGAUCCUACCAAAAACUAUGGUGCAGAGAAAUAUGGACCAAACUCUGUAUGUCUUAUUCAGAAAUCUGCUUUUGUUAUGGAACAGUGCAGGAGGAAGCUCAGUUACCCUGACUGGGGUAGUGGAUGUUAUCAAGUUUCUUGUUCUCCACAAGGGCUGCAUGUGUGGGUCAAGGACACUGAGUACUUGUGCAGCCGCUCAGGCCAGGUGCUGACUGUGAGCAUUCAGAUGAAUGGCUGGAUACACGUUGGCAAUCUGAUUUGCCCGGCUUGUUCAGACUUCUGUGACUCCUGUCCCCCAGAGAGGGAUCCUCCAGCUUCUAACUUAACAAGAGCUGCGCCGAUUGACUUAUGCUCCUGCUCGUCCAACCUGGUUGUAACCUUUUGGCUGCUGCUGGCCAACUUAAUUCCCCUGCUAACAGGAUUGUUUCUCUGCGCAUAGACUUGAGUUUGGGGCAAGAAGAAGUUCUGAGAUAAUGCCCAUCCUGCUACACUCCUUACUGUGGAGCACAGGGAUUUUGUCUCUACAGGCAGCUCCCUCCUGCUGAACCUCACCUCCCCUGGCAAGUAUCGCUGCACACAGUAGUCAGGGAGGUGCUGACGAAAGCAGGCAGAGUUUUGAGAGGAGGAAGAUUUACCUUGUCAUCUCAACAAGUGCCAGUAUUUUCCUGAAUUGCAACCUACGGGUUUUUUUGAUGCAGUAACAAGAUCCACUUUGCCAACUGUGUUAGACUAUCUGGCAGCUCAGUCGAGAUCUGAAAUGAGAACUCUUCUGUGAUAGAACUGAGGGCUGGGUUUUUGUUAUGUCUGUUGUGUGGUUGGUAGUAAAGCACCCUGAAACUGGAAAUAUACCUCAGUGGUUUAGUCAAAAGCCAUGUAAAAAUCAGUUGUCAUCACUGCUGAUAACCCAGGCCUAAAGAGGCUGGUAAUUUUUGUUUUUUCAAUUUCUACAAUUUAUGGGGGAGGAAGGAAUGUAAUGGGAUAGACUAUUGGUUGGUAGUUGCCUCCACAACUGGAUUCUGCAGCUUUGAGCCUCCUCAGAAUUCAUACUAGGUAAAGCAGCUAAUUCUUGGGGUUCAUUACAUCUUCCUACAUACACAAAACAGAAUUUCAGACGAGUAACCAGGGCAACUGUCUAGGAAUCCCAUUUUCAUUUAGCAUGUGCCCCUUCUACUGUGAAAUUUAAUACAUUACAUUUGAAAAUUCUCAAGAGUUUGCUAGGCAAAUGCAUUUCAGUACUGAUACUCAGACUGUAAAUUUGGGAUAUGACUUACAUUUAUUUUUUAUUUUGUUGGUUUGUUUCUCAAAUAAUGAAUAAUGGCAUUAUUGUUAAAAAAACUAGUAUGAACAUUACUGCAGAUGUUCUCACUUCUUGUUGAAGAGCAAACCAGUAGCAAUGGCAGCUAUAAUCUUACUGGAUCAUGUUGAUGUCUCUAGACGAAAAACUAUAUUGAAUGUGUAAGGAAAGCCUAACGUGUUUUUUUUCUUCCCUCUAUUUUUUCUUGGACAUGUAAAUACUAUGGAUUAUUUGAGUAUUUGUAGUAAGAGGAAAAUCAGAUGGUUUGAGCUACAUGAGGGCACGCCUUGCUACAAAAUGAAUCACUUUAUGACAAAAUAUAUGAGGAAGGAAAUGAGCAAAAUCUGUCAAGGUAGGGAUAGCUGCUCUGUAGGUCUCUUGUAAGGAUGUUUUUAUAUAUUUCUUACUAUAAUGUGUAACAAUCCUGUUCAGAGAUGAAGAAACUCCUUGUGGUUCAAUCCACUGUCUGUCCUUUUAGGACAGUUUUCACUCCUGAAAAAGUGUUAAAUUUAAGGGAGCAGACAUGCCCAGUGCACUAAAAGAUGCGGAUAUAGGGAGAAAGAUGAUGUUACUCUGCUUCUUAAAUGUCCUGUGAUAUAAUAAUUGUCAUUGACUGGAUCCCUUUCCUAAAUGGAAGGUAGGGAGACGGAGUAAAACUUUAGGUACAAUUAUACUGUAAUAAUAAGACUUCCAUCGUGAUUGUAAGAAGUUCUUUGUGCCUACUGGACUUGAUUUUGGUUGUUUUUUAUUUUAUUUAUUUAAGGAAACUCUUAUGACGCUGCUGAGGCAAGUCAGCCUUAAAUCAGUGUCUCGGGGAAGCAAUACAAGUCAGGACUCAAAUGCUUUAAAAAUGUACAAAUUGAAUGGUGAAACACUCAGCGAUAAGUGAACACUAUUUUAAUAUAUCCACAAAACAGUCAAUGUAAACUGAUACCUGGAAAACAUAAAGGUUUGAGAAGAUGUCUUAGGCCCCAGAGGUUGAUAUUGUAUUUUUUGUCUGUUGUGCAAUAAUACAGUUGAAAUGGUAUCACUCAACAAAAAUGCUUUUGAUACUUGAAAAGAAAUUACUGGUUAUUUUUUCUUACUGUGAAACGUUUGCACUGUCUGAACUUUCUGGUUAACUUUAUAACUGUUGAACUUUUUAACUGGUGUUAAUUUAUUGUGCUCAGUAUUUGAUAUGCUGGUCUCCUGUCUGUCUAAGUGUGAGAUUUGUCAUAUUUAAUUGAAUAUUUUUAUCUUCUACACAGUUGUUUAUCUUGAGGGCUUUUCUUCUUUUAAUCUCUCUUCCUGAGAAUUAACUGAAAGACGGCUUAGAAAGUUGAUGCUUACCUACUUCUGAGUUGUAUGCAUUAAUUAGAGAAAGGGGAUGUAAUGCUUUGUAUUGACAGGGAAAAAUGUAUCGGCCUGUUGGAGCUCUUGUGGUCAGGUUCACCAGUACCUGCUAAGUAGCUGCAUCAGUAAAUCCAGUGAAGUAAAACUGCUACUGCCUUAAUAAUCUGAGAUUUCAGUUGUAAUUUCUUUGUCGUGCAGCCUUCCAGCUGCCUGUGAACUGCAGAACUGGACGUGACUUUGGGGCGUCGGGCACGGGACGUACUUUAAUCAGAAAAAUGCAACAUCUUCUAUCCCAUCAGUGGGUUAGCAGCUGCCAGCAGCUGUAGCCUUGUCAGAGCUGCCAAGGAAUAUCAACUUGAAGUGGCAAUGAAUUGGUAGCUGUCAUACGGAAUAUUUGAGUAAAGCUGACUACCUCAGUUCUGUUUGUCUUUGCGUUCAGCUUUUAGCCUGCUGUGAACUUCCAGAUCUUAACAUGAAUUAAGUAAAAUCAUGUCUCAGGUUUUUAAGAGUAAAAUUACUACAGUAGGAAGCCUAAGCCAUUUUUGACUGUAGAACACAGCUAAAAAACUGUAGCUUAAGCAGAUCAGCUAUGUAGCCUUAAGUGUAGUUUCUGCCAUAAAAUUCAGAGUUCUUUUAAAUAAAUGCAAAGUUUGCUGUGUUAGGUGUCCUGAUCACACGUGACCAGUCCCUCCUACUGCAUCUCUGAAGUGUGAAAACUUGGAAAUACAGCCCAUUUAAGCCGUUGUGUUUCCACCAGAGAAGACUGGGCAGCAGAGCCCUGGAAGUUGUGGUGAGAUGCAUGAGUUUGCUCAUCUGUAACAGAAAUAUUUUCAGUGUAUAGUGUCCACAGUUUUAACUUUAUAAUUUUUAAAAAUAUUCCAUGUUUGCUUAGGGAGGUGAAUUAGUCUUGUGGUCUUUUUUGAUCCCAGUAGUUCAAAUAAUUUCAGGUAGAAGUUGAAGCGAGUCAUAUUUUAGGAACACAUUUUUUCUGGAUGUUGCAGUUAUAAGGAGGAAGGAUAGCUUUUGGCUGCAGAAUGCAGCAAGCAAAAUCACAUUGAAAAGCAGCAAUUCAUUCCUCCUGAAAUGAGUUGAGGUCUUGGGAUAGUGUCACGGCCCUUGAUGUAGGUUAAUUACAGAAAGAGAUUUGUAAUGCCCAUUAAUUGACUGUCUGUCCAAUGCAGCUCAUUCUUUCUGCUGAGCACUAAUAAACUGGGGAGACUGAUGCCUGAGAGCAGACAUAUCCACAAUCUCUUGUGAGGGCCAGUUAUUUCUAAAUCUUCCUGUCCUGCAAAUCUUUCUGCUUGACAAUAUUCAGUAGAGAGGGAGGUGUACAUCCUUCCUUCCCCACAUUUCCAAGGAGUGACUUUCAGCCAGCUGAGCAGCUCGAGGUGUUUUCCUUGCAAGACUGAAGCCCUGUUUUUAGCUUGCCUGGAUGUGUGGGUGCCCGCUUGCAUGGAUGUGCUGCUCUUCGGGAUCUGGGGCUGUUUGUGCACUGGGUAACGUAAUCUUACACUCCCAGACUUCCAAAGUGCAGAUGUUGCCUUUUUAAUGUGAAGCUUAUCUUGGAGAUAAAACAACUGUUUUGAGAGAACUGGCUGACCUUGAACAUGUGUUUCCUAUUUUAGUACAGAAUGUAAAUAUAGAACUAACUAUUUUACACAGAUUUUGGCUGGACUGAGAUAUAAGGGCUGAUUUGUGUUAUUUAUGGAGUAAAAAUUUCCAUAUUUUACUGUUGAAAAAAGGUAUGCCAUGCAACAGAAGAAAAAACUGUUCUUCAAUAAAAUAUCUGUAGAAUAUGAAUUCUUCUUGUCCAUUUCUUUGAGAGCUGACGAUGAUUAACUGCAAGAGUAAGUGCAAUAAAGGACCGCUAUUACAA